AUUCUUGUUGUGAGGGCAAAUAACUAUGGCCGCCUUAGUGUUGUUAGGGACUGCAGUGAUGCAAAAUUUUCAAUUCAUUUUGUUGUUUCGAUAGAGAAAAUAAUUAUUUUUAUCAAAGCACGUCCAACUUUUUCUUCACACAUAAGUAAGAAUGUGGCUUUUUCUUCAAAAAUUAUUAUUAAUGUCUCAAUUUUUGUUUGACAUCAGUUCAGUCAGUCACAUUUUCAUUUGUCAUUUGUCUAUUUCUGACAAUUUCGAUAAUUAUAAGUCAAAUUCAUCAAUUUAAAUAUUAAAUUUAAAAAAAAUUUAAAUGUAAAAAUCAUUUUAUUAUUCAAUCUCACUCUCACCUCUCGACUGACACUGACAUCCAUAAUUCAAGUAUAUUCAGUUCUCAGUAUUACUAGUAUUAGUUACUACUAAUAGUAUUAGUAGUAUUCAGUGUUCAGUCAUUCACUCUAACUCUAUGCCGAUGCCGCACUGACUUUGAAUUAUUAUUAUUUAUUUUUUUGGAUUGUGAUGCUAUGGCUAUGGACCAUGACCAUGGAUGGCCAUGGACUAUGCAUACAAGGCCGGCGUUAGACAUUUUUAGGUUGGGUGAAAAUAGGCAAGUGUCGCCCUCUGGAAAAUUAUGGGAAGAGUUCAGAAAACAUUUUUUGGUACCCAUUUCUUUUUUAUUAAAAAAUUUUUUGCCUGUGUGAUGAUCCAAACAUCAUACCUGCCUUGAGCCGUCCCUGUAUGUAUGGAUAAUUAAUAUUUUAUGCAGUAGAAUGACAGUAUUUCAAAUGUGCAGGCACUAUAUGGCCCUUUUUUUUUACAUUGAAAUUGAAGUUGCUGUACAAUUUUUAUAAUUCCCAAAAUUCUUGUUUUAAUUUAUUGGCUACUGAUUUUUUCUGUGUUUGGACAUUGCUUUGGUAUCAGUGGCCAUCUACAAAAAACGUCACAUGUCAGGGAAGUGGGGGUCUUCAAAUUUCUGAUGUUGUGUGAUAAAUGUGUCUAAUUUGGGAUUGGGAGGGGGGGAGGGUUACAAUUCUGCUAAAAUAAUGUUACGUCAUAAACAAAGAAAUACAAAAAUCUAAAUAACAAAUACAUUUUAAAAUGAGGGAUGGAUUAUAGUUAAUUAAUAUGGAGCGAGGGUAUUUCGACAUAAAAAAAUCUGUCACCCUAAAAAUUCUGUUGUUUAUACAUUUCUUUCAACAAAUAAUUUAAAACAUGGCUCAGUGCUCACCAUUCUAUUAUGUAAGAGUAGAGUUCUUUAUUAAAUUGUAAUUGCUAUAAAAAUAAUCAUAAACCACAAGCAAACUCAACUCCACAAAAACCACACAACCAAAUCACAUGCACUCAGUCCUAUUUGAAACUGUGUUGACAAAAGUACACAUUAAGUUAUAUACAUAAAUACUGUUGUUAGCAAUAUGACUUAAAAUUUGUAAAAAAAAAUAUUUUUCAUUGAUGUGCUAGGUAAACUCAUUAAACACAGAAUGGGGACAGAGACUGCAAUGCAGAAGCGGAGUUAUGAGAGCUCCAUUAAAUUUAUGCAGCAAGAACAUGCUUUUACACUCAAAGCCUUGCAUGAAGAAAUCAUGGGACUGCAGAAAAAAUGCACAGGUAUGAAAGAAAAUUAUUUUAAGAAUCAGUUUGAAAUUAAUCUUGGUGAAAUUAAUCUAGUUAUGGAGACUGUAACUUUUGUUUGGUGUCACUGAAGAAGGGUAGCCAAAUGACUGGUUAUAAACCAGGCAGUCCUGUAUUUCAGCAUUCCCAUAAAUUACUAAAAGGCAAUAAGAUUCUCCUUAGUGUUGGUCAUGGGCUUUUUGUCAUUAUUUUUAUAGUAUGUGAAUGACAGUAUUUAGCUAAUAAUUUUAUUUUUUAAGCUUAUUUUACUGGAAUUUCAGACAUAACACAGUAAUUAUGUAUUAAAUAGGGAUAUGCCUCUUUGAAAUAUAAGCAUUAGUCUGUGUAUGGUGAAGUCUAUUUAGCCGAGUUAGUGCUUACGUUUUGGAAGUGUAAGGCUAGAAAUAACUGUUUUGUGGGUAAUUUAUGAUAUAAUUCUGUCCAUAUUUGAAUUUAUUUAUCUGCAUAAAUUUUGUCUGGCUUGAUACUGAUGUUGCUUUGGCCUUUCAAUCUACAACAAACAAAUCAACAUUACCUAUACUCCUGAACAAAAACCUUAAAACAGUCUUGCAUAAAUAUAAAUUAUUCUUUAUUCCAUUUCACAGAUUUGACUUUCCAGUUGACAAUGCAAGGAUUGACUAUAGAUGAAUCUGGUUAGUACACAAUAAAUAGAAACUGUUUUUUUUAAAAUACAUUUUGAAUAUUAAAGAAAACAUUUUAUAACUUAAGUGCAUGUUACCAAUUUAAAAAAUAAUUAUGGAAUGAGUCAUUGCUAAGAAAAUAAAAUGAAAUAAAAUAUUAAACUUUCAAAUUGUAUUUUGUAAUUUAUUCUUUUGAUACAAUUGUGUUCAUGAAAGAUUAUUUUCCUCUAAGGGCACAUUGAUAAUGAAAUGCAGCAAGUACAAGAAGUGCUUGAAUCAUCUAAGGAAAAAAUAGCUGCCCUGGAAAAAGAGCUGGCAGAUCGUGAUAAAAAAAUUCAGAGGUUGGAGGCUGAAGCAAAGUCUCAGCGAAAGCGGUGGCUAGAUGAAAAUCGCAUUCAGUCACAAUCUAUGAACACUUUAAGAGCAGAGUUAGAAGCUAAGGCAAACAAUAUAGCUUAUCUCACAAGUGAGCUGUACAGAUUAAAGCAGAGAAGUAAAUCUGAGCACCAUGAGGCUACAACUCAGGGCUUGCCCAACAGCAGUACUCAACAAAGUCCACCUGUGCAACAAGCAUAUCUUUAUUCUGAUUCAUCACAUUCUGUGAAAAAAACACUGAUUCAUCAACAUUUCAUUCCAGCCCCUCCCCCAAGGGAUAAAACUCUUGGUAUAGCUUCAGCUACAUCUCGUCUAAGGAGAGCUGGGCAGAAGCCCGGGGGAAGUGGAAACGUUGGCAAGCCUGUGAUUGCCAUCCAUGGUCCCAGUUCUGAUACCUUGAUCAUUCGAAAAUCAAAUCAGAUGCGAGUCAGCUCUAGCAGAAGCAGUGGAUCUGAUUCGCCAGACAUCACACCAUUCCUCCCACCAUCCAGAGAUGAGGUUAUUCAGGUUGUUGGAGCCAAGCAGGCGCCAAUACUUCCACCCAUUCAAGUCAGUGCUAAUGCCCAUCCAGUCUUGGUGCAUCAUGUUGUGUCCUCAACUUCACAGAAUCAUCAGAGGAAAACAAGCUCAACAAACACAGAGGCAGCCAUUGUUACAUUAGCAGUGGAGAAUGCAGCUGCCAAUGAUGGUACAUGGAAGUUAGCUCAUGAAUCUCGGAGCUCUGAGUACAACUAAGGAGUGAUUUACUGGGUUUAUUCAACUUUCACAUCGACUCAACUUUCUUUCAUUGAGACUUACAUGAAAUGAUUCUUACCUAUGUUGUUUUAAAGCCGUCCAAUAGUGUUGUUUACAUUUGAAGAAAUUUUUUUAAAUUACAUUUAUGUGUUUGUCUAUAAUCUUUUAGAAAAGUGAUAUACACACUUUUUAACAGUGAUCAUUUGUUUAUAAAUAUAACUCUCAGUUAUACGAUAGUUAAAUAUUUGUUUAAUUAAGCUGCAGCCACUAGCUUCAAAGAGGAACUAAUCUGAUAUUAUCUCUUUUUCUAAGAUCUUUGAACUCAUGCCCCUGGUAACAGCACAGUCUAGAUAUAACUCAGGAUCUUCAUCUUGAGCUUCAGUUAAACGAUGUUCAUGAGUAAUGAUGGGUUUGGCUAUCACCUUCCCACCAACUCAUCUGAUAUAAGAAAAAGGAUACAACAAUUAUUGAUUUCAGAAGGUUCUGUUUCUUCUACUCUAUAAAUGCUUCUAUGUAAAUGGAUCCUAUUUAAUUUAAAGCUUUGAAACAAAUUUAAUAGGUCUAAAUCUCAUCUUAGUAGAUUAAUUUCUGUUCUUGAAUCCCCGGUACUAAAAAAUUAACAUGUGAUAUAGUGACAUAAAUGAUAGAUAGUUUAAUUUAUCUGUAACUGUUUCUCAAUUUAUUUUUAUACUAUUUAAUACUAUGUAAUAUAUAGGUAAUAUGUUGAUUUAACAAGGAAAAAAAGGAUGCUCUUCAUAAAUAAACAUUUGUUUUAAUAUUUUUUUCUUCAAUAAAAAUCAUGAAAUUGUUUUUUUAAUAAAUGAAAUAACUUAAUUACAGAGGCUGUGUGUAAUUUUUUUCAAUUAUAAAGGUAUUCAGUAAUCAUACAAUUUUUAACUGUUUAAUUUUUUCACUUCCUUUUUUUUUUCCUUUAAAUAAAAAAAAUAGAAAAUUGGAAUUAGUUCUUUUUAAAAAAAUGUAAAGUUUAUUUUUAAAUAACUUUACUUGUCAUAAUGAUUAUUUAAUAAAUCUUUAUUAGUUUAUUUUAUCAGAAAAUUUACAUAUGCUUUUGUAAAUAUUUAUACAAACUGCAAUCCUUAUGCAAGAGUAACACAUUUGUUUAAUGAUAUUUGAAAAUAGUUUUAUUCUUUACAAAUAUAGUAACAAUAACAAAAGUUAUUUAUGUAAUAUCUGAAUUAUUGGGGGAAAAGUAUAAACAAUAGGUGUUUUCAAAAGACAAAGAUUUUUUUCUCAGUUAAUUCAAUGUUAUACUUGUUGCUGCCACAUUUUAUUAUUUUAUUUAAAAUAUUAAUUAAUAAGGAUGAAGUUAAUAUUGAGGUAUUAAACAUAUAAUAAUUUUAACAAAACUUUUUUCCUGUUUGAAAAAAACUGGUUCAUUUUUUUUAAAAUCUAUAACUUUACCCAAGAAGACUCAUCUUUUUGUGAUCAUAUUUGGGCUUUUUUUUUUUAUUUCCUAUCCAUCAUGAACUUGUAUUUAUGUAAAACCAAGUUUAUUUAAUUCAAUAGCCCUACUAUACUUUAAUUUCCUCCUGUUUUGCUGAAGUUGCUUUCUAAUGGAAGAAAGAAAAAAAGUACAAUAUUGUGAUCAUAUUUUAAGCUUACAUUUAAGUCUUGCAUAAAAAGAUUUAACCAAUGUAAGUUUUUUAAUACCAAGUUAUGAAAAUGAAAUUUCAACAAUGACACUUUGAUAGUGUGUAACAUUUUUUAUUUUUCAUUUGGCCACAGUAGCCUUGUAUUACAAUCUGUAUUCAGAUGUAAUAUCAUUAGAAUACUGUUCAACUUUUUAUCAAUGGUUUUACCAAUACAAAUUACCAAAUACACUGAAAUGGCAUAAAGAUGGUUGAUGAUGUGUUAUGUCAUUGUAGACUAGAAAUAAAAUUAAAAAUUAUUUUCUUUUAAACUAUUUUAAAAAGUAUGAACUUAAGGCUGUAGUUUUCUUUUUUCUUAUGGUCCAUUUUCAAUAAAUAUAGUUAUUUUCAUACAAUUUCUCUUCAUUUCUUCUAAUGACUAGAAUUUUUUUUUUUUUUUUUGGCGGCCAAGGCAUUUUAAAUAUCGUUUGUUCUUUUAAAGUUUGACUAGAAAAUAUGUUUGUCCCUUUGUUCAUGUGUGUGCGUAUUAUAGUAUUGUUUAAAAAUAAGAAGAUAAUUAUCAACAAAUAGGACAAGUGGUUUAUGUAGCUUGUGUUGCAUUAGUUCAAAAUUAAGAGUGGAUCGCAGUCAUUUAAUCUAUACAAAAUAAAUUGUGAAUAACUUACAUUGUCACUUGUGUUUUAUUUUUACGAAAUGUUAUUUUCAGUUUUGUUUAAAUAACAUUAAUCUUACCAGGUGUAAAGAAGUAAAUUGUGGAUGUCCGAGGUGACUAUUCAUUAUUGUGUGGACUGUUGAAAAAAAUUUUAUUAAGUGAUUUUUUUGUAUAUAAAUAAGUUUUAAAAGAAUUGACUUUAAAUGCCUUUAAUUGUGUUUGUGGUUGAUAUCUUAUCACAUAUGAUAUGAGACUUUUGAAUGAAAAGUAUCUUAUAAAGCAAUUAUUUUAUCAUGCUAAAAUAUUUCUUGCAGUGAGAUUAGCAGUUCUGAAUGCCACCCCACCCCCAUUUUGUGAUGGAUAAUUUUACAAAGUUGAUUAUUUUAGGAAGUAUAACAGAG